UUUUACAUUAAUAUAUUUUUGGAUGGAGAGCUUCAGGAUGUUCCUCCUCUUCCACCUUCUCUCCUUUCUCCUGCACAGGGCAGAUUCGAAUGCCAUCAUUGGGUUGUCCAAGCACAUCGAGCCCAUCCUCAACGCCAACACGGUGUGUCUAACGCUCCCGGGCCUGACAAAGAAGCAGAUGGACAUGUGCAUGAGAAACCCGGACGUCACAGCCUCAGCCAUCCAGGGCAUCCAGAUCGCCAUCCACGAGUGCCAGCACCAGUUCAGGGGGCAUCGCUGGAACUGCUCAAGCCUCGAGACGCGAAACAAGAUUCCGUACGAGAGCAUCGUCUUCAGCCGAGGGUUCAGGGAGAGCGCGUUUGCAUACGCUAUCGCCGCAGCAGGAGUGCUACACUCUGUCUCUAAUGCCUGCUCCAUGGGGAAACUGAAGGCAUGUAGCUGCGAUGAGAAGCGGCGUGGAAAUGAAGAAGUCUUCCGUCAGAAGCUGAACCGAUUGCAGCUGGAGGCCAUCCACCACGGCAAGGGCAUGGUGCAUGGCGUGAUGGAGGAGCGAGGGGGUGUCCUGGAGGACCAUGGGGGGGCCAAAGGGGGCGGAGCUUUGGAGGAGUGGGAGUGGGGGGGGUGCAGUCCCAAUGUGGAGUUUGGGGAGAAGUUCUCUAAAGACUUCCUGGACUCGAGAGAGACCUACAGAGACAUCCACGCCCGGAUGAGACUGCACAACAACCGUGUAGGACGACAGGUGGUGUUGGAUCACAUGCGGCGGAAGUGUAAAUGUCACGGCACGUCAGGAAGCUGCCAGCUUAAAACGUGUUGGCAGGUGACCCCUGAUUUCCGGCUAGUUGGCUCGCUGCUGAAGGAACGCUUCAACCUAGCUGCACUGAUCAAAACACACAACCGCAACACGGGCCAAGUGGAGCAUGUACCUCAGCAUCAGCACCAGCACCACCACCAUCAUCAUCAUCAUCACCACCAUCAUCAUAAUCAUCAAAACCACCAUCACCACCAUCCCCCGCAGCACCAGCGGCGACGCAACAAUGCCAACGAGCUCGUCUACUUUGAGAAGUCUCCAGAUUUCUGCGAAAGUGACAUCGAGUCGGACUCGGCGGGGACGCAGGGACGCAUCUGCAACAAGACGAGCCAGGGCAUGGACAACUGUGAGAGCCUGUGCUGUGGGCGGGGACACAACAUCCUGCAGCAGACACGACGCGAACGCUGCAACUGCAAGUUCCACUGGUGCUGCUACGUCGUGUGUGAGGAGUGCAGGGUAAGCGAGUGGGUCAGCGUCUGCAAGUGACAACAGCUGACACCUGUAUAAACCAAUAAAUAUAUAAACGUCCAGUGAUGGGGAGGGACAAAAGGGCAGGACAAAGAUGAUGGACACGAGACUUCAGACAUUUUCCCAAAGGACUGCUAGCAUUCUGUUCUCUGUAGUAGAACAGAAAAUAAAAGAACCACUUGUUGGAGUGUAACGUGUAGCUCUGCCCCCUCGUGCCCACUCUUGCCACUCACAGUAGUUCUGCACUGUGUCAUUUCAGAAAAAAAAACAUAUUUUUUAAAUGAAAUACAGUAUCUCACAAAAGUGAGUGCACCCCUCACAUU